AGAACAUAUCAGCAACGUGUUUCAAGUCUUGUAAAAUGAUCAAAACUACUGUAGUGGCCAUCGCCCUGCUGGGCGCUGCUCUAGCUUACGAACAACACGGCUUCAUCAGUGAGGUGAAGCACAUCCCGUACAAGUGGUACGGUGGUAUCCAGGGUGGAAUCGGCGGCGGACUGGAAUACGGCGGUAUUCAGGGAGGAUAUGGUGGUGGAAUUGGCUUGGGCAGCGGACUGGAAGGAGGCUGGAAGCAAGGUGGUGAGGACUACUACUCGUAUCCGAAGUACAAGUUCGAAUAUGGAGUGAAGGACUACAAAACGGGUGAUCAUAAGAGCCAAUGGGAGACGCGUGACGGAGAUGUCGUCAAGGGCGAGUAUACCCUGGAUGAGGCUGAUGGUACCAAGCGUAUCGUUGAAUACUACGCCGAUGGUAAGAACGGUUUCGAAGCUAAGGUCAAGAACAUUGGUCACGCCAUCCAUGAGGGAGGAUUGGGUGGUGGACAGGAGCUGGGAGGAUAUGGCGGAGGCUACCACGGAUUGGGAUACAGCUACAGCAAACUGAAAAAGUACAACUAA